AUGUCAGAUCAUUCGGCUCCUCCUCCUUCGUAUGAUGAAGUUAUGCGCGAAGAAGCGCAAUUAUUAUCGCAAAGAAACACAGGAUCUCAGACUUCUCAACAAAAUAAUCUCCCUCCAUCUUUAUCUCCACCUGUACCACAUCGUCCAUCGCAUUCUUCCAAUACAUCUCAAACGAGCCUUCGCCCUCCUCACCGACCUUCCCAUCCAUCAUCCUCUAACCACCAAGGCGGCUCAUCUACGUAUCAUUCUACUGCUAAUCAAGAGCCUUUUGGAACAGGAAAACCCUACUUGUCAAGCCAUUCCUCCCAUUCCUCAUUGCCCGUACCCCAAAGCAAUCCUGUGAACGCCCCAUACCGUUAUCCUCCUGGUUACUAUUGUGGAAAAUGCAACAAUACCGGAUAUAAAUUUAGUGGCCGUCCCUGUGGUAGAUGUGCCCGUCGAUUUGGUCACUCGUUUGAUGUUCAACCCAUUAAUUUUGGACGGCCUCCGCCGAAUGCUUUGGUAGUACAGCCUGGCGAUCCUCGGAUCCCUGGGCGUCUUUGUGGAAACUGUAAGGGUACAGGCAGUAUCGACUAUUUGAUCUUCACUGAAAUUUGUCCUGUGUGCAACGGAAUUGGAAAGAUUCCCUAA